AUGGAUGAUAUUCCGGAAGAAAUCAUCCAGGAAAUGGAUGAUUUGUAUGAAAAGGUACCAGAACUUUCCUCUAGGUACAAUCUCUUGGAUAAGAUUGGAGAAGGGACGUUCUCUUCAGUUUAUAAGGCCCAAGAUCUUACUGGAGUCUCUAGUAAGCUAUAUCCAGAUCAUUUCUGGGAUAAAGAGAAUAAGUAUGUUGCCAUCAAGAGGAUAUAUGUAACGAGUUCUCCAAAUCGGAUUGAAAAUGAACUUAAACUUUUGGAGCUUCUUUCGAAUUCUAAUAAUGUAGCACCGCUAUGUGAUGCGCUUCGAUACCAUGACCAGGUGGUAGUAGUACUUCCGUGGUACCCACAUGAAGAAUUCCGUCAUUUUUACCGCGACAUGCCUAUCAAAGGAAUAAAGAAGUAUAUGUUUGAGCUUUUAAGCGCCUUGAAAUAUGUGCACUCGUAUGGGAUAAUACACAGGGAUGUAAAACCUACAAACUUCUUAUAUAACCCCAUAUUGGGGAGGGGUGUUCUAGUUGAUUUUGGUCUUGCGGAAGAGAACCAAGACUUGUAUUUGCCGGAUCUAAACCAUCGAGUAUACGUCAACGACCAAGGUGAAAAGGUUUGCGCAUGCGCUUCUCCAUAUGCCAAUACUAAAAACACAUCCCAUCUGCCUUUGAUAUCCAUUCAGAACGGUCAACUAAAUGUUCGUGGUGCAGAUGAGCUCAGCGUCACUCAGAGUGAGAAUUUAAUGAAGGCAGAAUUAAGCAAAGGUUAUCCAAAACAUGAAACGAGAAGGCAUCGUCGUGCGAAUAGAGCUGGAACCCGUGGUUUUAGAGCACCAGAAGUAUUGAUGAAAUGUUCGUUUCAGACUCAAAAAAUUGAUAUCUGGUCUGUUGGGGUUAUUCUAUUAAGUUUUAUCAGCCGGCGAUUCCCUAUAUUCCAAAGUAUGGAUGACAUCGAUGCAUUUUUGGAAAUAUGUUGUAUAUGCGGCAUCAAGCGCAUGCAAGAAGUGGCUAAAUUCCAUGGAUUAGGUCUAGAUAUGACAAAGAUACCCGGGUUUCACUCUGAUGGGUACCAGGGUGGCAUUCAGGGUUUUGUAAAAGCGUUAUUAGAAAAAGAGGUAGAAUGUGGAACGCUGCCGGAGUAUUCCAUUGCCUUUGAGACGUUAGAUUACUUAACCCAUUGUGGAAGACAGUUGACGCCUAGCCUGGGGCCAGAAGAGGAAGGAAAUACCGACACUCCGGUGACGGAAGAAAUGGUGAAGUACAAACAGACAGUGUGGGAUGACCAUUUCUGGUGUUUCGAUUUGCUAUUGAAGUGCUUUGAGCUUAACCCAUACAAGAGGCCAAGCGCCAGUGAUCUUCUCGAACAUUUGUGGUUUAGGGAAUUGAACGAAGAUCUCAUGGACAAAGACCAAAGAAGAGAAGAUCAUUUUACUGGGAUUGUCAACUAA